AUGGUGGCACGAGGAGAUCUGGGUGCUCAGAUCCCAUUGGAACAAGUUCCAUCAGAACAACAUAGGAUAGUCCAAAUCUGCAGGCAAUUAAAUAAGCCUGUAAUUGUUGCCAGUCAGUUGCUUGAAUCUAUGAUUGAAUAUCCUACACCUACUAGAGCUGAAGUCGCCGACAUUUCUGAAGCAGUGCGCCAGCAGUCUGACGCUUUAAUGCUUUCUGGUGAGUCUGCCAUGGGCCAGUACCCUGAUAAGGCAUUGACCGUUUUAAGAAAUGUUAGUCUGAGAAUCGAGAAAUGGUGGAGAGAGGAGAAACAUAAUGAAGCUACGGAACUCCCAGGCAUAGCAUUGUCUUUUUCAGACAGCAUUUCAGAAGAGAUUUGCAACUCUGCUGCUAAGAUGGGUAUUAAUCCGCGCUUUUAUAAUGCAACCAACAAUUUAAGGGUGGAUGCUAUUUUUGUUUACACGAAGACAGGUCACAUGGCAUCUCUUUUGUCACGCUGUCGACCUGAUUGUCCAAUUUUUGCAUUUACUAACAUGAUGUCUAUACACAGACGCCUGAACAUGCAAUGGGGCCUCAUACCAUUCCGUUUGAGCUAUUCUGAUGAUAUGGAAAGCAACCUCAACAAGACUUUCUCCUUGCUCAAGGCCCGGGGAAUGAUUAAAUCAGGUGACGUCGUAAUUGCUGUCUCGGACAUACUGCAAUCUAUUCAGUUAUGA